CGCGCCGGCCCUGAGUGGUCCCGGCCGCUCCGCCCCCCCGCCCGACCUGUCGCCAAGGGACGCUGAUGGGCUGGUCUCCUUGGCAACCACUCGCUCCACCCCCUCCGUCCCUUUAACCUUUAGGGUGCGCGGGCGCCGCGUCCCUCGCACUCCCCCCCUUUCCCUUCCCCUCUCCCCAGCACCCGGCUCUCAGCCUUCCGGGCCGGAAGCGAAGAUGGCGGCGGAGACGGCGGGCGCGGCCUCGGCGGAGCUGGUGAUCGGCUGGUGCAUUUUCGGCCUCUUACUGCUGGCUAUUUUGGCAUUCUGUUGGAUAUAUGUUCGUAAAUACCAAAGUCAGCGGGAAAGCGAAGUUGUCUCCACUAUAACAGCAAUUUUUUCUCUGGCAAUUGCACUUAUCACAUCAGCACUUCUGCCAGUGGAUAUAUUUUUGGUUUCCUACAUGAAAAAUCAAAAUGGUACAUUUAAGGACUGGGCUAAUGCUAAUGUCAGCAGACAGAUUGAGGACACUGUAUUAUAUGGUUACUAUACCUUAUAUUCUGUUAUAUUAUUCUGUGUGUUCCUCUGGAUCCCUUUUGUCUACUUCUACUAUGAGGAAAAGGAUGAUGAUGAUACUAGUAAAUGCACACAAAUUAAAACGGCACUUAAGUAUACAUUGGGAUUUGCUGUGAUUUGUGCACUUCUUCUUUUAAUUGGUGCUUUUGUUCCAUUGAAUGUUCCCAAUAACAAAAAUUCUACGGAGUGGGAAAAAGUGAAGUUCUUGUUUGAAGAACUUGGAAGUAGUCAUGGUUUAGCUGCCUUGUCAUUUUCCAUUAGUUCUCUGACCUUGAUUGGAAUGUUGGCAGCUAUAACUUACACAGCCUAUGGCAUGUCGGCAUUACCUUUAAAUCUUAUAAAAGGCACUAGAAGUGCUGCUUAUGAACGUUUAGAAAACACUGAAGACAUUGAAGAAGUGGAACAACACAUUCAAUCAAUUAAAUCAAAAAGCAAAGAUGGUCGACCUUUGCCAGCCAGGGAUAAACGCACCUUAAAACAACUUGAAGAAAGGUUACGAACGCUUAGGAAAAGAGAAAGGCGCUUAGAAUUCAUUGAAAACAGCUGCUGGACAAAAUUUUGUGGCGCUCUGCGGCCCCUGAAGAUCAUUUGGGGAAUAUUUUUCAUCUUAGUUGCAUUGCUGUUUGUAAUUUCUCUCUUCUUGUCAAAUUUGGAUAAAGCUCUUCAUUCAGCUGGAAUCAAUUCUGGUUUCAUAAUUUUUGGAACUAAUCUGAGUAAUCCACUGAAUAUGCUUUUGCCUUUACUACAAAGAGUUUUCCCUCUUGAUUACAUUCUUAUAACAAUUAUUAUUAUGUACUUUAUUUUUACUUCAAUGGCGGGGAUUAGAAAUAUUGGCAUAUGGUUCUUUUGGAUUAGAUUAUAUAAAAUCAGAAGAGGCAGGACCAGGCCCCAGGCACUCUUAUUUCUCUGCAUGAUACUUCUGCUUAUUGUCCUUCACACUAGCUAUAUGAUUUAUAGUCUUGCUCCCCAGUAUGUUAUGUAUGGAAGCCAAAAUUACUUAAUAGAGAGCAAUAUAACUUAUGAUGAUUAUAAAGGCAACUUAACCCUUUCUGUGCCAAAGAGAUGUGAUGCAGAUGCCCCUGAAGGUAAAGCAACUCUUACAACUAUCAGUGCACUGUCACCCGGACAUAUCUGUUCCUUCACAAGUUCUGGUUCUUCAGUGCUGUGUACUAUUUCGGUAACUGGGUCUUCCUUGGGGUAUUCUUAAUUGGAUUAAUUGUAUCCUGUUGUAAAGGGAAGAAAUCAGUGAUUGAAGGAGUUGAUGAAGAUGAUUCAGACAUAAGUGAUGAUGAGCCCUCUGCCUAUUCCAUCUGACAGCCUUCUGUCUUAAAGAUUUUAUAAAGCUGACUGCAAUAUCUCAUGCAUUUUUGAAGUGUUAGGAUAAACUGAAUAUCUUUCAUAAAAAAAAUGGGAGCAUGGCUAUUUAAAAAACUAUAUUUUUUAUGUUUUCUGAAGUAACAUUGUAUCAUAGAUUAACAUUUAAAAUUGCUAUAAUAACACUAUGUAAAUAUAAAACUACCGGCUUUGUGAGGGUAUGUUUGUGGAAUUUUUUUCUCUAGUGUAUAAUAGUGUUAAAUUGAUUAAAAAUCAUCCAGAAUUAAUAUCCUCUUUUGUCACUUUUUAAAAACAUGAUAAAUCACUGUGUCUGUGCCUUUGGAUCUCUAAAGCAAUGUGAAAUUUUAAAGUGUCCAUAUCUGAUUGUCUGAAAAUAGUAUUCAUAAUAUAGCCAAUAAAUAAAUGUUAUUCCCCUAUG